AGAACUAACACCAUUAAGUAAUUUAGGAGAGACUGCCUGUUGCCUAUUUGUCUAAUUAUUAUUGUUUGUGCUACGGCUACGGAACGGAGAAUUAAAGUCUUAUCUAGUUAUUCUGCUUUACAUAGGCCUAGUUCAGUUCAUUUAUGUUCUUUAAAGGUCUGGUUUUGAAAAAUGGAUGAUUCUGAGUGUGGUUCAAUAGUUGAAUUGGCUAAAAGUAACUCAGAUAGCGGGAUUGACGGUUUCCUCUCCGAUGGUAGCACUUCAUCAAGCAAGUCUGAUCGCCUUACUGAGACUUGUAAUUUAGAUAAGAAUUCUCAUGGCAAACAGUGUACUUCAUCAAUUAAGUCUGACCGCCUUGCUCAGACUUGCAUUUUUGAGAAGAAUUCUCAUGGCAAACAGUCAAAACAGUUGUCUAAGCCCCACCAUUGCUCCCUGAGUCAUUACAGCAUAUCUGGAAGAUGUAUCGAAACACUUAGCCCAAAAACCUUUCGCUACCUUUCAAGUUGUGUGAGAGUACUCGAUUUAAGUAAUAACAAAAUCAAAACCUUACCAGAAACCGUAAGCGAACUACAAAAUCUCCAAGAGAUAAAUUUGUCUUGCAAUCAAUUGGUCAAUUUGCCCGAUUCAUUUGCAAAACUUCAAAAGUUGCAAACCCUGAAUCUGUCUGAAAACAUAAUUUGUGAGCCUCCUCGAUGUUUAGAGUUUGGUCUUGAACGAUUAACCCACUUAGACUUGUCAAAAAAUGGCAUAACUAAGUUUCCUAAAUCACCCAAAUGUUCUCCACUACUUCAGUGUUUGAACUUGAGCCAUAACGACAUAAACUUAUUGCCUUUGUGGCUACUUAGCGAAGAGUGCCGUGCCAUAGAGGAGUUGGAUGUCUCUUUCAAUUUCUGCUUCGACGAUCCCGCUUUGGAAAGAAGAUUACCACUGUUAAAACACCAUCGCACGUCUGCACUCAAGAGUCUGAAGAAACUUUUGAUAAACAACACUGGAAGCAAACCAGUCCAUUUGUUUGCUCUAAAUAGUUUUGAAUCUUUACAACACGUGCAUCUAGGAAAUCUCCCAGGCUCCAAGGAGUCAGAAAACUACAUUACAGACUUGGAUUUGAAAUUGUUUUACGAUCCCAAUAACAUCCUAGAACUUCAUCUGCCGACAGUAGGACUAGCCUUAUUACCUGAGAACAUUGACAGAUUCAAGAACCUACAAGUGUUGGAUGCUUCAUACAACAAGCUGGAUUGGCUUCCAGACAAAAUAGUAACAUUGAAGUUCCUUAGAGAGUUAAUACUUUCAGACUGCAGCCUAUCACACCUUCCAUCUAACUUCAACGAACUGAAAAGUUUGGAGAAGCUAGUUCUUGACCGUAACCAGCUCACAGAUGUUGAGAAGUGUCUUGAUGAGUUGCCUAGGCUGGCGUAUGUAGAUUUGUAUGACAACCUUCUGGAGAGUCUUCCUAUCUCGCCUGAUUGUUUGCCAAACAUUCAAAUGGUGGACUUUGCUUUCAAUUUUGUUAACCUAGAAGAAGCAUUGGAUAAAGAUGUUAAUGGAGAGAAUCUUUUUAACAUUUACUGUCAUCAACAAGAGAGAUUAAGGUCAUCAUCUGCUUCCAAACAGAAGAGAUACAGUGAAAGGAAAAUCCAAAACAUUGCGGCCAGUUUUGAGAGUUUAGAGUCUGAAUUUCGUCAUUAUACGAGUGAAUCGGAGAGUGAUGCUGGCAUCCCAGAUGAAAUCUUCUUAGGGGAACCUUGCAACAACGGGAUGAAUGUAGAUGAAAAUUGGGAUUUGGACAGCUGUGAUGAAUCAGAUUACUUUGAUUGCGCAAGUGUGCCCAGGUACAGCCUGCCCCUAGGGUACAUCUUUGGGUGGACUCCCCCAGUCAAGCCGAAGGAUUGCCAGGUACCCAUUAAUCAGCAGGCGUCUGGCUUCCUGUUCAUUCCUGGACAGCUGCAUCAGAGGACCACGGUGAGGAAGCGUCGUCGGGAGGACCUCCCAGUGGUCGAUGGCCAGUUUGAUGAUGCUUGUGUGGAUACAUAUGCGGGUUUACAGAGCGGCAAAACAUUGAUUGCCUUGCUGGAGAAGAUGCACAUGUUUGUCCGGAACCCUGCAGGGAUGAGGACUAGGAGACGCUGCAGGACCCACGGUCAAUACGAUUUUUGUUGUUGCCCUGGAGUGUGGUUUCAGCUCAGCCCUCCGUUCAGCUUCAUCAUUCCAUCCUCCUUGGACAUGUGAUUGUACUUUGUGUUUGUGUUAUUGUUCUCACUGAUAGUGUUUCUGUUCUGUUGGUAGUGUAGGUGUUGAGCUAGGUUAGGUUAGGAUCGACUAGAUUCUGAAGUAUUCCCGUUCGGUAAGGUAGGAUUUGUGUUCGUCUCUAAGACUUUAAAAUCUAUAAUCUCGCGAAUUAGAGAAUAUAAGCGAUCAGGAAACCAUUUUUAGAUUGCUUUAAUCGGUCAAGUGGUAAGCUGGUUUAGCCACAGAAUUUCACAUCGGCUAUCCCUGCUGAUCAGAUAGCCAGUGGUAUAGCCCAACAUGAAAACGAAAACACUCAGUUGAAAUUAUUCUGAAUUGAAUGUGUGAAUGACAUGACAAUCAUUAACAAUUCGGCAAAGCCAUGUAGAUUAUUGUUCACUUCAGUGCCAAUUUUAUGUUUAUUCGUUGUGUGUAAACUGUGUAAAGUAAAGGUCUAUAGUGUUUGUCAUUUUCAACGAUUGUUUGGAUUUUGAUCUAUGUUUUGUUCAUGUCUUGAAGUCUUGUCUGAAUUUCCUUUGUAUGAAAUUACCUAUAUAGUAGAGCCUAGUAGGCCUACAAAAUUUAAAGAAAGAAAAGUGUAUGUGUGUGUUAUGUAAUUUUCAGUGUUUAAGCUGAGGUAAGAAUGAUUUGAUAAAUUUGUUUGCACACUUUGAUUUUGUUGUGCUAUUUCUUUGCUAGAUUUAAGAGUGCACAUUUUUUAUUUGAAGCUCAAGUCAUUGGGCAGUUUGUAUAAAAAAUGUACAGUUUGCUAAUGCUAUGUAAAUAUGUCUACUACGGAAAAAAUAUUACAUUUUGUAUUGUGUUAAGUGUAAAUCAAACUGUAUGUAUUUUUGCAUAUUGGAAAACAUUUUAUAUUCACAUUUUUAUACAUCAGAUUUGAAAGAUGUUUUAAAAGUACUAUUUUUAUAGAUUUAUGAACAGUUAAAACUUCUCUGUAUCCUUAAAUUUCGGUCCCUGUUCUCUCACAUGUAUCUAGAUAUAGAUUGGACCUGUUCACUGUUUUAAGUGCUGGUUUUGGUUGUCACUAGAUCUUUAAUUAAGGUACACUUUAUAAUGUCAUUAAUCUAUAUCCUUCAACAUUUAAAACUUUAUUUAGAUACUGUAUUAUUUUACGUCAUACAAAUCAUGAUAUAAAAAAUAUGUAGUUUUUAACAACAUUCAGGCUAUUUAAAGUUUUUAUGUUGAAAUUUAUUUGCAUUGUCAGGCAGCCGUUUACAAGACACUAGUUUGUGUUAAACAGUGCUUGUUGAAGCUGAAACCUACAUCCUAUGACCUCUCUUUACUGAAGGAAAGCUUUCUGCUCAACUAAAAAAAAUUAGUAAAGCAAGAAAUAAUUUGUCAAACAAUAUUUAGAAAAAGUAUCCUGUUCAACUACUUACCUUUUCAAAUUCAGCACGUCUAUACGUUUACCGGUUUAAGUUAUACAGCUGUUUGAAUUUCACAGUUGUUUUAACGGGUGUAUCAUUAAGAGAUAAUACUCAAACUUUGCUAACUCUCAGUCUGACAGUAUUUUAGUAUAAUUUCAACAAUACCACAACAAUCCAAAUUUCUAGCUUGUAUACUUGAUUGCAUGAUUCCAAUGAAUCGGUAUCCGUCCACCAUCGGUUUUACUUCUAUUUUUACUCAAGUUCCAGAAUAUACUAAGUAGUUUUACCAUUACAUCUUCAGCAAAUCUAAAACGUUUUUAUGCCCCAUAAAACAUUUACUUGUAGCAAUUAAUUUUUUCCCCAAAUCCAAUGAGAAUAUGAGUUAAUUUUACGGGUUUGGCUUUUUAGAAGAUGUUCAGUAGCCAAAUUCAGAGAACCGAUAUUUUAGAUUCAAUAACCAAUGAAAGUUCCCUUUUAAUGCUAUUGUUUAAACUGCAUUUUCAAAUUUGAUUAGGUUUUUACUAGACGGAAGAAUUUCUUGAAUUUUAAUUCUAUUUGUUUUGAAAACACUGCUAGUCUAAGCCUAAUUAGCACUGAAUAAAAGUGAAAAAUAUUUUAUUUGAUGAAUUUGCAUUCUAAAUAUCAAAGGAAAGGUACAUAGUAGCAACCACACUGACAGACUCUUGGUCCAAUACCAACUUGAGAAACACACUGAUGAAGAACUGAGAAUUUGUAUAUAAGGGUGCUAUAUAAGGGGGUUUGUAUAUAAGGGUAAUUUGUUCUAGGUGUACAUUAGUCAUGUAUCACUAAGAGCAACUACUACUAAAACACAUCAUAUAUACUGAUGAUGAAUAAGAACUGAGUUGUAAAUAAGAGAUGUAUUUCUAAAAUUGUUAUGUAUUACUAUUUGUAAAAAAACCGUUAUUUCUUUAAUGUUGUUUGUUAGUGGUUAUGUUGUUGAUUGCUUAUUUAUUAAAAUCAUUUACUCGUUAUUGUAUGUCUUAAGUUAGUGUGUAAAUUUGUAAGUUUAAGUUGUGAAACAAAGCUGUACAAACAUGUGUAAAGUACAAAGAGACAGUUUACAAAAAAUUAGAAUGUUCCAAAAUGUGGGUCAUUGGUAUAUUUUUUAAAAUUUUGUUUUAUCGUGUAUUAGCGUACAUUUUUGUAGUGAUCCAAAACUAUUAAAAUAAAACUUUUGUGUGUUUUUGUGAGGUUCAGCUCCAAGAUAUUAUAGAAUCGGUUAAAUUUAUUCUGGUAAUCAUAAUUUUUACUCACAGAGCUAGAGAUACAACUGCAGGUAGUACUGAAUGAGAGAAUCGAGAGACGACCACUUUAUAUACUACUUGGUUCAUUACGCUGUAGUCAUUAUACCUAAUACGUUGGAACUAGGGGCUGAAUUUUAAUCCGAACCACGGGGUUUGUGGAAUUGUAAAAUAGCCUUGAGCUGACCAAUGCUUGUAGUUGGUAACAUGUCAAAAUUUUCAGCAUCUAAUUUUCUAGCAAAGUUGCUGUGCCAGUGCUAACUCCAGUUUUAUUUCUAGCUCAGUGUUAACCUCAUAAUUAGGUCUGUGUGACUCAUCUUAAACAGAGAAUGAAGUUUGCAUUGAUUUACAUUCCUGUAAUGUUGAUUUAGAGAAUAUGUGUUGUGUGGGUAUAUAAUCAGGAUAGAGUUUUGUUUUAAGUCCUUGAUGUUUUUGGCAAUCAAAAGCCAUGUUUAAAUAUUUGAGCUAAAAAAUGUGGCCUGCAUUUUGCACACAGUUCUUAGUUUAGGUUAUAUUUAUUCGGGUUUUCCAUGACUAUCUGUAGUUCUCUUUAAAACUGCUAUGUUUUGUGUAAACUCAUAUAAUCAAGUGAAAAAAUGUUGGUUAGGAUAUAAUUUAUUAUGCUGAUUCCAAGAACUGUAAUCAGAUUCCUAUAUUCACUCUUAUACAGCAUUUGUAAAGGAAAUAUAACAAUUAAUUUCAACUUUAUACUUAUUUGAACAAAAAGGUACCAAUCCUUCUUACAAUCGCAACAUAUGUGAACCCUUUGUAUAAACUUAACCUUUGCCUAAUGCUCUCUACCGUGUAUCCCUUUGUGUGCGAUCCUUAAUGGAGUUACCAAAAUACAUUACCAUUAGUUUUUUUCAGUUUAACAAUAAGUAUUAUGAUUUUGUAUUUAGUAAAGUCUUGAUUAUCUACUCUUUGGUCAUCCAAACUUCCCUGUUUUUCCAAUCUUCUGUGUUAUCUGACCUUCCAAGUUGGGCUAUUAAUUAACAGCUGUGUCUAAGGAAUGUCGGACAUAGUCACUAACAAGACUACAAGAUCGCGCCGCUCAUCCUAUAUUCAUCUCCAUUCAUACUUGGCUUAAAAUACCUAAUUUGUAUGGUCGCCAUUUCAUAGAACGUAUCCAUGUUUUAUCUGACUGUUAUCCAGCCUUCCAAGUUAUCCGACCCUCUCCUUGGGUGUUCGAGUACCUUGAAAUCAAAAGGUUUUUUCGUGUGCACUGUAUAUUCUUGCAGGUAGGUCGAGACAUAAUCUUUUUCAUUGUCUGUACUCAGAAGAUGAGCACCCUCUGCACCUGACUGUACAUUCUGAUUGUUUUAGCGCGGUAAAUACAGUUACCUUCUACCACCUAUUACUCGUCACCUCCCCAAACUAAUAUAACUCUAAGCUACCCCUCUCAUCUGAGUCGUGGUGUAAUUUGAGUGAAUGAGUAUUGCUUUAUCUUGCGUUUUUUUAGUUACAAUAGUGGUGUCUUAAAAAUCGGCCCUAGACGGUGUUAGGCCCAGUGCAAACAUUUAAUUUACCGUACUCAAGCUGACUUUACCGCAUCCCUUUCUGUAAACAAUGACUUUCUGAUCCAAAAAAAGAGGUGAAACCAGCUGCUUAUCGAGUAGCGUGGUGAAAGUGUGUUAACAAUAGUUUUUUUUAUCAUUUUCUGUAAUUUCCAAUCUUUCUGUUUAUCUCACCUUGUGAUUUAGUUUGGAUAAUCGAGACUUUACUUAGCAGAAGUUUCCAUUUAAUAAUAAUUUGUAGUUUUAUUUUUCUAUCCAACUGAUUUGUUAAAAUGAAAAUGGAUUGUAAUACAAUCUGGCUUGGUCUUAUGAUUGGGUUUAAAAAAUCACAUAUAUUUUAAUUAACAAAAAAAUAAUGGAAUCCCUCCAGCAAGUUUUUAUAGCAAGAAGGUGCAUUUUUUUAGUUACUGUGCCUGAACUUAACAGUUUUUGCCAAGUUUUUCAACCUGUAGUUACCUACUUUAAAACUAGAACUAAGUGCUCUUAUAGACGGUUAAGAGUUUUACAAUUUGUAUUCUCUGCAAAUUAGACUAAUGUUUUCAAUUAGGUUAAUAGUUUUGAUACAUUUUUUAUAGUAAGAAAUUUGACAGAGAUUUAAUUCAAAAAGAUACUUUGGUUUUUAAGAAGAAAAUUUUGUUUGAUUAUUAGCUUUACAUUCAUGGAAAUGUAUCCACUGA